GUCUAUUCUCAGAUCCGUCCCGUUUCCAUUCCAAAGCCUCGCGGCGUCGCCUCCCAGGUUCCGAAUUACAAACAUACCACCCUAAGAAUAGAAUGGAGCCUUCUUGCAUGCUUUCUGUCUCUGACACUCCGCUCGUCGACGGUCAAGUCGGUCCGGUCGUUGACGUCAGAAAUGACGCUCCGUUGAAGCAGCGUUUGACGCUCCAGCAGCUGCUCGACACGCGCCUCGACACCCUCGCAGCGGAAUUCCAAGUAGAUACCACCGUGUACAGGAAACAGAUCUCAACCGUUGGUGGCAUUGUGGGAUUGACAUAUGCACCCACUUUCAACGCAAUCACGAAGCACUUGGCCCGAGCGGUGGACGAACUCGACUGGAGCGCUGUGAACGAAGACGGCGAAAUUCAGAACAGCGGGUGGAAAUUGUGUCCGCGAGCGCACAAGCAGCUUCCAAGCUGCAUUUUCGACAUGGUGCAUCUACACACACUCAAUCUUGCGGGUGUCACAUUGGAGACAUUGCCGAGCUCGAUUGGAGCCAUGGCGCAGCUCAAAGUACUAAAUUUGACCAUGUGUGGGCUGAGCUCCCUCCCUCGAGAAAUCGGCCAGCUUGGGCAGUUGGAACAAUUGCACGUCGGUUCCAAUCACCUCAAGGAGCUUCCGUGGACAAUUGUAGCCUGCACGCAGCUGCAGGAACUAAGUCUCAAUGACAACUGGUUUGCGGCCAUUCCUGGCGUGGUCUUGCUCUUGCCCAAGCUCCAACGGCUACGACGGCUUGGAAACUAUUCUUGGCAUGGAAGUUCCGUUCCGAUGCAGAGCAACGAAACGGCCAAUCUCGCAGCAGCACCGCCAACGCUACUUGAUCUGGCCGGGCAAGUUGCUCUCCGAUUCUGCCACUCGCCCCAAGACUACGAGUUUCUUGCAACAAUGCCUUGCCUUCGUGAUGACCUCGAUCGAAUCAUGCAAGAUACGAGCAUUUGCAUCAUUUGCAGCAAGCACUUUUCGCAACAGCGCAGCAAGUGGUACUUGACUCGCGCCAUCUUUGAACACUUUCUCGGCAAUCGGAUGGUGCAAUUCUCCAUCUGGGCGUGCUCCGAUAGAUGCCAUGCAGCCACGCACGCGCGCAUCGCUCAGCUCCAGGCGGCGGACUGCUGUGGUGAGCUCAGUCCCGACGCAUCCACCGAAGACUCAAACAACCCGAUCUCUGGGUCCUUUGUCAAACCGCCGACCUACACGGCUACGAUCAAGCGUCGUUUCCGAGCAUUGUUCUGUUUGUCGUAGGGUCCUGCGACUGCAUUGAUUGAUUGAUUGAUUGACAGGGUCUCUUGUUGAACGCAGUCCUCGUAUCUUCGUAGAACAAUCUCUGAUCAUAAGAAUUUCCAAUUUCAAUCGUUUCC